AGACGUUUUAUUCACUCUCUCAUGUGUCAUGAACUUUAAAUUCUGUUUUGCCAGGUUGGUGCUGAGAAUGCCCGAGUUGCACUGGACCUGUUGGAGUACGACAGCAUGCUCACGCCAGCUUUGGCAUACGUGUUUGGUGGCUUUUUUGUUUGCAAGGAUGCGGAGACAGCGAAGCAGGUAGCGUUCAACAAGAACAUCAUGAGGCCAUGUGUUACACUGGAGGGAGAUUUGUACAACCCGUCUGGACUGCUCACGGGAGGGACACGGAGCAAGGGAGGAUCAGUCUUGACCAAACUGCAUGAGCUCUCCAGCAUUGAGAUGGAACUUGAAACUCAUCAGGAGGCACUUUCCAAAGCAACUGCAGAGCUAGCAAACUUGUCAUCUGCAAUGAAGGAGCACAGGAAAUUGACGUCAGAUCUUGAGCUCUGCUCUCAUCAGCUGACCCUUCUGCAAGGGCGACUGGAACAGAGUGAACAUUAUAAAUUAGGUGAAGAAGUUGCGUCUAUGGAGCAUGAAUUGGCGGAGGCAAAGAAAGCAGUUGAUGUGGCAGCCAGAAAGGGAAAGGAAUUAGCUGAGGAGAAGCUGGCUUUGGAAAAGCGAAUCGCAGAAGCUGGACGGGAGAGAGAAAAAUGGCUGAAGACUAUUCAAGAAGACCUCAAGUCCAGUAAGCAGCAACUUUCCGAAGCAGCAAAAUCAAUAAAGGGUGGAGCGCAAGAGGUUGAACGGCUGACGCUAGAGAAGGAAGCCCUCCUUAAGGAGAGAAAAGCAUUAGAGGACCAGAUAUUGGCAUCUGGACAGCAGAUUAUAGAGAUUGAAAAAGUGCUGCUGGAGAUGCAAACAAAGGAAGGUAAGACAAAGGAGGAGUUAAGCAAAGCUCAGGAAUCACUAGACGAGCGAAGAUCAGCAAUCAAAGCACAAGAAGCUGAGAUUGCAGCAUUGAUAAGGGCACAAAAUAAACUGAGCAAGAAGAUUGUUGAUAGCAACAAUGAGAUCAAGAAGCUUGAUCAUCAGAUGAAACGGAUUGAAGCAGAACAGGAGGAUGCGAGUCGACUGGUUCAGAAUCUACUGCAGAAGCACGACUGGAUUUCUAGGGAGCGCCAAUUGUUUGGGAAACCCGGCACAGACUAUGAUUUCAAUUCCAGGAAUGCGAAGGAGGCACAUCGACUUUAUGAAGCCAAGGAAGCAGAGUAUUCCAGCUUGGAGAAACGCGUCAACAAGAAAGUUAUAAGCAUGUUUGAGAAGGCAGAGCAGGAGUACAAUCAACUUAUUGCAAAGAAAAGCAUCAUACAGAAAGACAAAGUCAAGAUUGAGAAAGUGAUAGAGGAGCUAGAUGAGAAGAAGAGACAGUCCUUGCAUGUGGCAUGGUUGAAGGUGAACAAGGAUUUCGGCUCGAUAUUUUCUACGCUGUUGCCAGGCACUAAUGCAAAGCUGGAUCCCCCUGAAGGUGGUGAUUUCAUGGAUGGGCUGGAGGUGAAAGUGGCAUUCGGAACUGUUUGGAAACAGUCUCUCUCAGAACUGAGUGGAGGCCAGCGCUCCUUGCUUGCCUUGUCGCUCAUUCUAGCUCUGCUUUUGUUCAAGCCAGCUCCCUUGUAUAUUCUCGACGAGGUUGAUGCAGCUCUGGACCUGAGCCAUACACAGAACAUCGGUCGCAUGAUUAAGGCCCACUUCCCACAUUCUCAGUUUGUCGUUGUGUCCUUGAAGGAGGGCAUGUUCAACAAUGCCAAUGUCAUUUUCCGAACGAAGGGCAGACGGCGGGACACAGGUUCGACGGCGGGAGAAGGCAGUGCUGUGGGUUUCGAUUCGACAUCCGUUGCUGACAGGGGCGCUCGGGAUUCCAGGGGGCCCGACAUCCCGGAAGAGAUCGCUGAGCACCUGCGGGGUCCUGUUCUGGCUGCAGCUCGCCCACCACAACCUCCAUCGGGUGCACAGCAGUCGUCCAUGACGAAUUUCGUAGUGGAUGAGCCUCAGAGGGAGUUCGACCAGGUGGUUGCUUCCUUGUUCUUUGAGAAUGCCAUCGCCUUCAACGCCGCGCGCUCGGACUCGUAUAAGAACAUGGAAAGGAUCAUGAACAUGGCGGCGAGAUCGAGGAAGAUGCUACGGAUGCCUGGACACAAUUACCUGAGGACGAAGGCCCUGCCCGCGGACUACAAAGACGUGGACAAGGAUCUAGACAAGAUCCGUGAGCCAUGGGAUGUCACGGGCCUCACCUUGAUGACCGACGGCACAACAACGACCAGCAACAGGCCGGUCGUUAGCUUCAUUCCAACCGACGAUUCGGGGGCUGUCAUGGUGCGUAGCGUGGACAUGGAGGAGAAGGACAAGUCGGCUCCGGCUUUGGCAAGGAUGUGGGUGGAGGUGAUAUUGGAGUUAGGGGUGCAAAGGGUGAACGCGAUCUGCACGGACUCGGCACAUGUCAACAUUUCCGUGAAGAAGAUAUUGGAAAAGCACGACGACCCUGCGAUCAGGAGCAUUCCAUGGGUGUCGUGCGCAUGCCACGUGUGCAACCUUCUCAUGUGUGACAUUGCUUCGGUGCCAUGGAUCGGAGAGGCGAUUCUGCAAGGCAGGGAGAUCACAACCUUCAUCAAGAGACAUCAGCGGGCGUUGGCGAUGUUCCGUAAGAGCGGGAGAGAGUACAGGACACAGUUGGGCAUCAAAGAAGGGAGGCCGUUGGAGUUGAUUCAGCCAGGAGAGACUAGAUUCGGCACAAACUUCCUCGUGCUGCAGCGACUUCGAGAGUGUGAGCCGGGCAGCAGCGACAAGGGCGCGGACGUGCAAGGAGCUCAUAAGAGACCCGGCUUGGUGGUCGACCGGGCAUGCACCGUGCUUGAGCCAGUGUAUGCCCUUAUGAAGAACAUGGACAGAGAUGGGAGGAUGGGUAUGCAGGUGUGGUCUUUGGGGAUCACGUUGGAGAAGAGAAUGGUCGUGAUACCGAUGGACUGCGAGACAAGGGGCAUCGUGAUGACGAAGGUCAAAGACCGUGUCCGAAUGAUGGCUCUGCCUGUGCAUGCAGCGGCAUGGAUGUUGCACCCGCUACACAGAUCGCCUCGACUCUUCAACGACUUGGCGUCCGAAGAGAUUGCGAACACUCUGACUCACUUCGCUUCGGUUCAUGCGAAGACCUCGAAGGAGUACAAAGAGUGCUGGAACUCCCUGAAGAGUUUUCAUCACAUGCAUCCAGAGUGGAUUAGCCCGAACUCCGAGGAGGCUUUGACGGGCGGUCACGUGUCCAUGGUGCAAUGGUGGUUGACGUACGGGAAAAGGCACCCAACCCUGACGAAGAUCGCCGUCAAAGUGCUGAGCAUGUGGACCACUGCCUCUCCAUGUGAGAGGAAUUGGUCCACAUUUGAUCUCGUCCACACCAAGAGGAGGAAUCUCUUGAGCCCGGAGAACUUGGAGAUGCUCGUCUUCAUCCACUGGAACAAGAAGUUGUUGCGCAUGUCGAAGGCGAAGAUGGGAUUCGUGAACACCGAGCGGCUGGAGAGGGAGACACCCGAGGACGAGGCACCAUUCGAUGGCUUCAUGCGAGAAGGGGAGUACGACCCCGUGGAGAUUCUGGAGGAGAGGGAGGACGACGGGGCAUGGCUACUUGAUGUUUCGUACCGCCCUCGCCGUCUCGCGGACGAUGGGCGUGGGAAGACAGUCGUCGCUGAUUACGACGAGGAGGACGACGGUCGCGACAGCGACGGUGACGCGGAGUUGCUCGACGUGCAUCUAACGGACAAGCGGCUCACUCGGCGGUUGGGCGGUGGGUCUUGCUCCGCGACGGAUGUCGCUAUCACACCACAGGUUGGCCCUGUGUUCGGUGGGGCCCCAGGGGCCUCUUCUGUGUCAUUGGCCGACGACACUGGUUGCCGUGCACGGCUACGCACCUCCGCGUCCGGUGGUGUAUCUUCGGUUCAGGGCACCAGCACACCCUCCGACGCGCAGCACACCCCUCUUCCACAAGCCGCGGUGGAGGAGACGGCCGCAUGCCAGGGGAUGACAGACGGGGGAUCGGGGGAUGCUCACGUUGAUAGUGCUGCGGCGAGGGUCGUUCGAGACUUUGGUGUGUCUGUGGACGCUCCCGUUCCCGGUCAUGCGGAACAUGAGGAUGGACACAUCGAUGCGGGCAAGGAUGACGAGCUUCAUGACGCAGCGGAGGACAGCCAGUCUGCCGGCGGAAAAUGCAUUCUCCACUGCGGACCCUGGGUUGCCGCUGGGGAGAGAUUCGCCUCCCUGUUGCACCACGUCGCACCAAUUGCUGCAAGAGGCUCGAAGACGGACUUCGAGAAACAUCUGGCUGCUAUGUCCCCCAUGAGGAGUGAUUCCGGGGGGCAGACUCCUGAUUGGGCCAGAUUCACAGGACCGACUCCUCCCGCUUUGCUGUUGAGCAAGGACAUUCCCACAGACGCCGGGGACGGGUCGCGGGGCAUGGUGGACAGGAGGAGGGCCGAAGUGGACGAGGAUAGAGGACUCGACCGCCCGCAAGCUGCAGCCACACAAUGUGAGGCAGUGUCACCGCCCGAAAUUGACGCCAGCAAGGUGCGUCAAGUCCGGAGUUUGGCAGGCAGAAAGAAAGGAGGGAAGAACAAGCCGAAGGAGCCAGCUGGACCGGCCGGACGAGGGGGACGAGGCGGGCCAUGCAAGACAGUCACACCUCCGACGUCCUUGCAAGAAAAGCGUGCGGUUGUUCAGCAGGCGAAGAAGAGGAAGGCACAAAAAGUUUCAAAGAAAGUCGCUGCAGCCUCCCAGUCGCCGAGAAGAAAUCCGAAGAGGAGGAGGACGUGCGUGCAAGAGGACGACGACUCCGAAAGCAACAGCGCUUCGUCCUCGAGUGACACGUCAUCGUCGAAUGACGCAUCAUCGUCAUGUGACGCGUCGUCAUCGUCUGACACGUCGUCACGCAACGCUGCCGCGUUAUGGAAACAUAAGGGGGAUGAAAGCACAGAAGGCAAGAUCAUGCCGCUCCAUUUGGUCAGGUCAUAUCAGUUUGACUCCAACAGGAUCCUGUCCGUGACGGUGUAUGGAAUUGAACCGGCGAUCUCUGGCAUAAUACCCGGACGUCUUCGCCAUUUAGGGAAGGACGCCGUGGAGCUAUACCAUGUGGAGAGGCCAAGGGAGGACAUUAUAAGAACAGAGAAGACAGCAAUGGCGUUGGAUGUUAUGCGUGAUGCGGCACGGAAUCGAACCGCCAAUCUCUGGCAUGAGAAGUAGCUGGACUACCCUGGAUAUCAUUUUGCCAUUCAGACCAUGAGUGCACAGAGAUGUAUCAUACAUACGGAGAGGGCGGCAAGAAAGGAAAUGUUAAAAUUGGAUAUGAUUCCAAUGUCCUGGAUCCUACUGGUGAGAUACGGUAUGGAAUCAAACCGGCAAUCCCUGGCAUACGUCAGAGAGGAGGACAUUCCAAGUAGCUGGAUCGUACGGAGAGGGGGGGCAAGGAAGGAAAUGAGGAAAACGGAUAUGAUUCCAAUGCCUUGGAUCCCCCUGGUGAUACAAGAUGGAAUCGAAUCGUCAGUCCCUGGCAUAAGACGUGGACAUCUCAGUCAUUUGGUGCAAGACUAGAUGGACACAUCCCAUGCAGAGAGACAGCAAGAGGAGGGACACACUAGGAAACCGAUUAGAUGAAACAAUACUUUUGGUUCCCAUCGGUGAUGCGACAUGGAAUUGAACCGGCAAUCGCUGGCAUAAUAGGUGGAUGUCUCUUUUCCCAUUUAGGCAAGGGAGAUGUCCCAUGCAGAGAUGGCAAGGAGGGACAUGACGGAUACAGAUUAGAUGCCAAUCAAUGCCUUUGGAUCCU